AUGCUAUGCGAUUGGAUUACUUGGGAUACUGAUGAAAUUGCGCCUCGGAGGACCAUGUCCAAUGGCAUAAAUGCCUCAUUCAUGGCUCUGGCCGGCUAUUCGGCAGCGGCACACCGUCACCGUCAUCGCCAUCGCCAUCGCCAUUCACAUAUCCGCGGCAUCUUGCUUACCAAUUUCAUGGCCGAUUGGUCCUUCAUCUCCGAUCGUCCGGUCUACUGCGCCCUGUCAUUAGUCGAAUGUAGCAAGGUUGCGGUGCUACUUGUUGAAGCUCGGCUAUAUUCUGUGAUGGCAAACUCCAUGGGCUGGUCGAUUGCAUUGGCUGGGUUCAAAGUGAAAUGGAUACAACAAUCAUUUUCCAGACUCAUGGCGCGUGAGGCGCGUGAGCACGAGUACAGGACAGGGAGGGGCUUAGUCCAUGGCCAUCCGGUCCGGCUUUGGGAGGCGUGUUACUCCAUUGAAGCCCCAAUCAUGGGUCUUGGAACUUCAGUCGGCCCCUGAUCUGCUAGCUAUAAAUACCCUGGUCCAGCUCGACAAAAUCAUUACGCAGCUACGCAGACAGCAUAAUCCAUUUCCCAACAAUUUUGUCCCCAGACUACUUCCCACUUUUUGCUCAUUUUUCCAAGAUGGAUCGCCAGAUUUCUUAUAAUGGUGCCUUAACUUCCUCUUCUUUACCCUGCAAUUUCCCUGGCUCACGUUCCCCAACCCUUAUGAAGCACCCAUUGCCUCCGAAACCUCCAAUUUCCAUGUACUUCCAUGCCUACACUCCCUUUUCCCCCAGCCUAAGACCGCAUUUCGCGACGUGGCAGCUCAGCACGUUGAGCAUGGCAAAUCCAUCCCUGCGAAAAAUAGCCAGAACAGGCCCUUUGCG